AUGACUCCGCUGGACCUGUGGCUCUCGCGCUCCAUCCCCAUGUGCCUCCUGCUGCAGAGCCUGGUGCUCAUGGCCCUCUGCUUCCCAUCGGCCAGCAUGUGCCCCAAAGGGUGCGUGUGUCAGCGAGUCGAGUACCCGCCCUAUGGCCUCAACGUAACCUGCAGCCUGGCAGAGCUCAAGGAGAUCCCGUCAGACCUGCCUGCAGAUACGGUGCUCCUCCACCUGGAUCGCAACCAAAUCCAUGCUGUGCCUGAGCGCACCUUCCAAGACCUGAGGAUGUUACGCAGGCUGAACCUGUCCCAUAAUUCAGUGGAGACGCUAGGUGAGGGUGCAUUUGUUGGCCUGGAGGCCUCACUGGAGAUUCUCGACUUGUCACACAAUCGCAUUGUGAGUGUGCACAAGGAUGCAUUCGCACGGCUGAAGGCGCGUGUACUGGUGCAUGACAACCCAUGGCACUGCGACUGCGCACUGCAGCAGGCACUCGGCGGCAUGGCGCACAAUCAUGAAGCGGCAGCACGCGUCCUGUGCCGCAGCUCUGAGCUGAGGGACCAGGAGGGACGUCCAUUCUUGGCAGUGGACGCCGAUUUGUGCAACCUGGCCAGGCGCACCACCGACUACGCCAUGCUGGUGACCAUGUUUGGCUGGUUCGCCAUGGUCAUCUCCUAUGUCGUCUACUACGUCAGGCAGAACCAGGAGGAUGCACGGCGCCACCUGGAGUACCUCAAGUCUCUACCAAGCAAACCCAGGAAGCCAGACGAACCAGAGGACAUCAGCACCGUGAUGUAA